AUGGUCAAAGAGCUUACAACCUGUUCAUUCUUCCAGUCACCCUCACAACUGUUGAGCAUCCAAGUGCCAGGAACUGUGGGAGGAACUGAGGUUGUGGGAGAGGAGGAGACCGUUGUUGCCCUCCUCGCUGGGUUCAUGGUCUCAGCGAGGUGCAUGUGUGGGUACACAUCUGCAGGGGAAGACCAGGAUGGGAACCAGAGCUUGAAGGAGUUUCAGGAGUUUCAGACAGAAUUUAAGCUGUCCUUGAAGGCUAGGUGGGAUUUUGGCAGAAUUUUGACCACCAAGUGGAGCCAACACGCAGGUGGCCCAGAGCUGGGUUUAUUGCAUGUGACCCCCUAUGUGACCCUGCGGAGACCCUUUGAGAAAUCCUGCCUCGACCAAGAACUGAAGUUGACUGGUGAUGCCCUGCUGCGACGAUUUGUCCGCCUUGGGGUGCUAGACGAGGGCACGAUGAAGCUGGAUUACAUACUGGACCCGAAGAGUGAGGAUUUCUUGGAGAGGUGUCUGCAGAUCCAGGUCUUUAAACUGUCCCUGGCCAAUUCCAUCCACUACGCAUGUGUGCUCAUCCGUCAGCGCCACAUCAGGGCCAGCAAACAGGUGGCGAACAUCUGGUCCUUCAUUGUUGGCCUGCUCUCCCAGUACAGCGACUUUUCCCGCGGGUCUCCAUAUGGAGGUGGCUACCCAGGCUGCGUGAUGAGGAAGAAUGCCAAGAAGGGCCAGGCUGGGGCUGGGGCUGGUGAUGAUGAGGAGGAUUAA